ACACCGCCGCGGUUGGCGGGAGCGCUGUGCGGCACAGCCGAGGGCCUGCCGAGCCUCUUGCCCUCAGGCGAGCCGCCGAGCUGCGCUGUGUGCAUCCGGGCAGAACGUGCGCGACCUGAGGGCUCCGUGAGUGUCCGUGAUCCGCACAGCGCAGAGCAGGGAGGCUUUGUCGGAAAAGCGUGGAAGAUGGAAGCCCUGAGAGGGGCAUGAAGGGUGUAAGCUGAGAGAAGCCUGAAGAACGCGGGCUGAAGGACGUUCCUCGCGUGGUCACUCCGGGGCUAGCGACAGCUCGUUGCCGCGAACACUAACCGUGCAAACGGGAUCGCAGAAUGGCUCGGGUUGGAAGGGACGCCAAGGAUCAUCGAGUCCCAACCCCCUGCCGCAGGCACGGUUGUGUUGGAUCAACAAACGUGCUGAAUUGUUUCCUUCCGUCCUUUCCUUCAUUCCAAGCCAACAAACCAUUGCAAAAUCUCCUCAGAGUCCCAUCAUUUGUGGCGUUUUUCUGUAUUUUCACUGAAAUAAUACUGUUUAUGUAGCAGGAGUGGAAAGAAAAGAUGCUUUUCCUAACAAGGCAUAGAUGCAAAUCCUAUUUAGGAUGGGUUUCGUGUAUUGCAGCAAUGGGAGGUCUGGCUCUGAUGAAAAUCAUGUGUGUCGUUAUUUUAUGCACUGCAGGUUUCAGAUGGCUGGGAUUACGUUCUUCCAAUUUAACAAGGUUGUCCUCUGAGUAAAUGGAGAGAGCUGAGUCACAGCAUAACCCUUCAUCCCAGCUCUUGUGAAUUUAACAAGUAAGGACUGUCUGAAGCUGACCUUGACACUCUGAAAAGAGAGUCCUUGUUGAACAGUACAUGCAAUUAACAUUUUCCAUUUCCUUCAAAUCUUGCAUAUUAGAGCAAACGAUCGUACCAGCCUAACACUGGGCCUUUCAUUUGGGAAGCUGUUAAAUGUAGUUCUAAUUUUUACUGCUUUAACAAAAGGGGAUACCGAGGGUGUGGAAGCGACACUUUUUUAUUGCACGGUAAUGUGAAGGUGCCUGAGGGAAUCUGGCACUCAUUGAAAUCAGAAUCUGACAAAGCAAUCUUAGUUAUCUAUGAAAGGAACAAAAGGGAGCCAGUUCAGCAGCCAUGGUGGCUCUGGGUAACCUCUGUGCAGGUCACUGUUUUGACAGCAUGCCAUUUCUCUCUGCGCAGGACAUGGGACAGGCUGCUAAAUCAGCAAGGACCAUCGUCAUCUCUGGUGUUCCGGAUGGUGUUCUGAACGAUGAUGUCAUGAGUGACAUUCUGGUGAUCCAUUUCCAAAAGGCAAAGAAUAAUGGUGGAGAUGUGGAAGAAGUGAAAUAUCCAACAAGGGAAAAAGGAGUUGCAUAUAUAACUUUUGAAGAUCAAGAAGUUGUAGAGAGUGUUCUACAGAAGAAUGAGCAUCAACUAGAAGACAGGAGGCUGCCCAGAUACUAUCCUCUGAAAGUAACCCCUUACUGUGAAAAUGUCUUCAGCUCUGUCACAGCUGUCCUCGAUAUGUCUGUUUUCAAAGAUAAAUUUGUUUUGGAGGAUCUAGUACAAGAACUUAAAAAGAAGAGCACAGCUUUGAGCUUUGGUUCUUUGCAAUCCAAUGGGCAUAUUUCUGUUCAAGGGUCAUUUCCAACAAUCAAAUGGCUAAGAGACUUCCUUUUACUAAAAGCAAAAUCCCUCUCGGAGGAUAAAAAUGAAGCAAGUAAGUCCCAUCAGAGACCAAAGAAAAGGCUGAACAAACACACACUCACCAGAGAGGUGAAUAAUUUUGGUCAUGAUGCUGAAGGGGAAAAGCAAGUGGUUGUUCUUGACACGGAUAUAUACCACUAUAUGAAGUGCUUCUUUGCCAAGGAACUCCUCGCAAAUGCUGAUGUUGUGAUUUCUGACAUCACUGAUGGUGAUAUAACUACACUGCAUCUUCAGAAAGGCAGAAACAGGCCUGAUAGUGGCCAAGUAUUAAGAGUCAAGGAGAAAAUUGAAAAUCUGUCUAUCAAACUUCUUAACAGUUUACGUAAAGAAAGGAUCGGCUUUGAGAAGUGCACCAGAGAUAAGAAGAAAUACAGAUCGGUGUGUGAAAGUGUAAGAUCCCGCUACCCCGAUGUUUUGGUUAUUCCUUAUGAUACUCAUAUUGAUGUGAUAGGGAGUUCUUCUGCAGUUUUUGAAUUUACACAGGAAGUGAACAAAAAGGUUCAGAGCCCGUUUCAAAACAGGUAGAAAGAUAGCAUUCAUGUUUGUUGCACAUUGCGCUUGUAGCGAGCUGUUCUGGUGCAAACCUUCGUGUCACUUCAGGUCUGCUUCAUUUCUCCUACAUGCAGUCUGGGAAUGCUGCGCAUCAGGAUGAAAAAGCCCAUUCCUCCCCAGAUACCAAAUAAAGAGCAAGGAACAAAUGAUCUUUGUAUCUCUGGUGAGCUUCAAGAUGGAAGAAAUGAAGUUUCUUCCGUCCAGACAGAGACACAUUCUUCCUUUCACUUGCUGCAUUCUGGCCACAUGCACUCUUGUCUUGCUGUCGUGGAGCUUACGAUGUGAAAAGAAGAAUUUUUGAAGAUUUUUCUUUAGCAUAAGAAAUGGUAACUGUAAAGCUGGGUGAACCAACCUGGUAUGAAAUCCUGCACAGAAAUUCACGUGUUUCUUUGUGCAGGGAGAUGACCACCAAAGAUAGGACUGGUGGCUUGCUGCUGCUGCCCUUAUCUGCAGAAGAAAGCUCUUGUUGAGAUGCACAGAGUACUGUGCUUUAGUACUUGAGUACUUUAGUACUUGAGAAGAUGGAAUGCUUGAUAGAUCUGUAGGCUUCUCAUGUCCUGAAAAAGGCCUUACAAGGUGGCGCCAGAAGUUCCUGAGAGAAGAAACUGAAUUUGUCUUUGUAGGAGCAAUAGCAGGUUUUUAUCCAGUAGUAACAGCAGCUGCAAGCGUCCCUGGACAGCAUGUUAUUUAGACAUGGAAGUAUAUCCAUAAUUUUGAUGUAAAAUCUUGGCACAUUUAAACUUUUAAAUCGUACCCUAUUUAUACAGUUCUUAGGCCCAAUGUGGGAAUAGUUUUUCUGAUCCAAAUCAUCUAGUGGUGUAGAUACACCAGAUAGGAGCAGUCCCUUUUUUUUUCCUGUGCAGAACUGAUAAGUUAAUGCAAUAACUAGUAGUUGUAACUGAGAACAGGAACACCUUUAUCCUAUUAAUGCUUUCCAGUUGUGUUUUCCAGACCGUGUCAGAGGUUCAGACUGCGGAGAUUUCUGCCAUCUCCUGUAAGGACAGGGCAGCCUGAUGAAGACUUAGUGUUAAUUACUUUCUAAAUUGAAUGCCUUAGAACACUGAAUAUUUCUUUUGUUAGCAGCUGUACACAUUUUCAGUUUUUGCUAGGUCGAGGUAUGCAUAUAGUUUUAAAAAACAUCCUUAAGUCUACUGUUUGGACUUGUGUCUGCCUUGCCCUUUGCUUUCAUUUCUAGAGUUAAGUGCCUGGAGUUAAAACUGAGUGCUCACUACAGAAUUCCAUCUGAUUCACGCGUUAAAAUGGAGUGCUGUAAAAGUUCAGCCUCAUUCACUGAGAUUGGGGAUCAAGGCAGUCCACAGGAACGUGACAGCUUAGAGCAUGUGUUUUAAAGUUAAACCUUUUCCAUGGAGAUCCAUUAUUAGUCCAAAUGUGCACCCUUUUGUGAUCUUUUUAGAAAGCCAAGUUGAAAGUGUGUUUUGUGAUUUCAGAAUGUGCAGAUUGCUAAGACUUGCAGACUAGUUCUUUUACAGGAAAAUCUUAUGAAAUUGAAUUUAUGAUCCUAUUAAAGAAAUGUGUUUCAAAA